CUUUGGCUAUCCUGCUAGCUGUCCUAUUAGCUGACUGCCCUGAACUUGGGUGCUCUGAGCCAGGAGCGCCGGGGGAGUGUCAUUGUUUACUCCUGUAGUACAGGUGCUUUGGACUGCCAUUGCUCCGAGCUCCCACUCCAGACAGCCGCAUCCUCCUGCUCAUGCCAGAGGACACGGAGUACGCUGCAGCCAUGGGACAGCAUCUCACCAGCAGGAACACUGGAGAGGGCCGGGCUGUGUCACUGCCUGACUGAAGGAGGCCGGCAACAGGGCUGCAGAACUGGAGGCUGGCAACAAAGAGACUGGCAGAGGAACUGGUGGAGCCAGUGAUGCCAGGAAACCAGAAGUCUGAUGCUGAAUAGAAACUGGGUCCAUGUCUGGUCAGUUCAUACUGUUAGGGUUUGUCAAGCUGGAGAACCAGGAAAGCAGCACAACUGACAACUGACAAAGUAACAAGGGAAGCACACAGACUAUAUACACUCAGGCUUUUUGCCUGCAUUGGAUAGGAACAGCUGAAAAAAGACAGGAACAGAGAGAGAGAGGAUGACAUUCAGCAAAGGGGCCAGGCUGGAAUCGAACCUGGAACUCUGUGGUAAGGACACAGCCUUAGUACAAGGAACAUAUGCUCUACCAGGAGGUGAUCACAGUUCCUGUCUUUAUCUGGAUUCCUGUCAGCUUGCCUGCCUGCCUGCCUGCCUGCCUCGCUAGCCACUCCACCUUGCCUGUCUCCAACAACUCCACCACAGAGCCAGACCCUUUGCAUGCAACCUGCUCCAUGAUCUUGGUUCCACUGACGGUCAGUCUCCACACCCCACCACCAACUCCACCUCACGGCCAGCCCAGGUCUACACGGUAUCACCUACUCCUCACCUCCCGGACCAGUCUGCCGGUCCAGAUCCACAUAGCGUCUAAACUGAGUCAGACGGGUGACCGCUGCUUCAGUUUCCACGCUGGAACCGUCGCUACUUCCCCGGAGUUAUCAACAGCAGACGGUGAACCCCACGAUUGUGUGGCAGUGAUAACAGAGACUUGCUCCCCCAGACCAGAUCUGCAGGAAACACCAUUGAUCAAUCCAGAGCUGGAGCUGUUUGUUGACAGUUCAGCAACACAAGAUCCAGCAACUGGUAAAAAUCUUGCAGGGUUUGCAGUAACAACAUUGCAUAAAACAAUUUUGGCUAAACCACUCCCAUCAAACUACUCAGCACAGGUCUGUUGCAUCCAGUUAUAAUGAUAUAACAACUGCUAAUGAUGGGCUAUUGAAUUGAAGUUUGCUUGAUAAGCUAAUGAUAAGUACAUGUGGGGUUUUUCUUCUUCUGACAUUUGAGGUUUUCCCCACUUAUUGUUUGAUUUUUCCUUUCCUAACUUUAAUGUUUGUUCUUAAUUAUUUUGAUUACCAUUUUUUAAAAUGAUUUUUAAGCUAAAAAUGGAGGAAUUGUAAUGGAAAGAACAAACGGACUGCAUGAUUGUAUAACAUACACAGGACUCUCUGAUAUAACAUAUAUACAUAUAACAUUUUGUGGGCCUGGUACAUUUUGCGUACCAGGCACAUAAUUGUUUGGCAUCAAUACUUGAUCUGUGUAUGAUUGUUUGGACUGCGUGAUGAGAACAGUUCAUUGAUAAUAAUGAUAUGGAACUAUAAAACAUGCUAUUGACUUCAGACUUCAGGGACUCUUCUCCCCAGGCUGAGGGGCCUGACCCUGAAGACUGGAUAAAUAACUGAUGAGAUUGUAUAUGAAACAGAUUGUAUAUGAAACACAAUCUACACACACACAAUCCACACACUACAUACAAUUUCAACCCAUCUGCCACCGCAACCUGGCAACCCACAACACUUCCAGACAAUCCAACUAACUUAACUCAGCUAACUUAAUGUUAUUGUCAAAAUGUCAGGGUAGGACAGCAUUCCACCUAAAAAUUCUAAAUACACCUGCAAAUUUAAGCAGAGGUGGACUGCAAAGUUUUAACUAACCAACUGCACCGGAAAAGAACUCCUGUAUUUUGAAACCUAAAUGUUGGCAGAUAUGGUCUCCUCUUACUCCUUGACUACAACUGUAAAUUUGAUGAAAAUACAACAUUUAUGAUACAAUUUAUAAAGA